UUCUCCCACGAGCUCGCUGGUCUAUUUGUCUUCUUCGUCGAGUUGUUUCUACGCUGACAACAGCAGCAGCGGCAGAGAGAGAGAGAGAGAAUGGCCGAAGAGGAAAAUACGCAGAUUUUGGCAGAUCCUCCUCCUCCUUCACAACCUCUGCCUCUGUCGAGGGAGGAGAAGCCGGAUGAUUCCAAAGCCCUCCUAGUCGUAGAGAAUCCUCCCGCAGGAGAGAAAAAAGGUGUGCUGAAGUCAAUUGAUAGAGAUAUUGCUUUGGCACAGGUAGAGACUGAAAAGAAAUUGUCCAUCAUCAAGGCAUGGGAGGAGAGUGAGAAAGCUAAAGCUGAAAACAAAUCUCAAAAGAAGUUGUCAGCUAUGUCAUCAUGGGAGAACUCGAAGAAAGCAGAUUAUGAAGCAGAGCUGAAAAAGAUGGAGCAAAAAUUAGAGAACAAGAAGGCAGAAUAUGCUGAGAAAAUGAAAAACAAAAUUGCUAUGAUUCACAAAGCAGCAGAAGAGAAGAGAGCAACGACUGAGGCUAUGCGCAGUGAAGAGCUAUUGAAGGCACAAGAAAGUGCCGCAAAAUAUCGUGCCACAGGGCAAAUGCCAAAGCAAGGUUGUAGCUGCUUCAGCUCAUGAGAAAUGGAGCUAGUAACAAGUUGUUAUCUCAUGCAUGCUUUCUAUGUUAUGGUGUGUUACUGAGAACUUCAGCUUGUACAUUGUAAGAAAAUGAGAGGUGUUUAAUUUACAAGUUCAAUUCUUCUUGUCUUGUAAUUCUUCAUAAAUAAGUAUUUUGUCUCUGUAAUUCAUUAUGAUAUUUAUGAUUGGAUCAGUAGUACAUUCUAUCCA